AGUUCUGAGUCUGCGCAGUGCGAGCAAACCUUGACAACGAAAAAAUCGAGCUGCUACAACUUGUUGAUUUAAAGAAAAAUCAGUUCGUCGUUUAUAUGGUUAAAAUCAGAAAAUGAAACCAAUUGAAAAAUGGAAAGAGUCGGUUCGUGAACGUGUUUAUGACCUUGCCUUCAAGCCAGAUGGCAGCCAAAUUAUAAUAGCUGCAGGGCAACGUGUGCUGGUCUGUGAUGCCAAAGAUGGAACUAUUAUUCAGCCCUUAAAAGGACACAGUGGCACAGUGUACUGUGUGGCCUAUGCCAAGGAUGGUAAGAGGUUUGCCUCAGGAUCUGCAGACAAAAGCAUCAUUAUUUGGACUUCUAAACUGGAGGGUAUUUUAAGAUAUACCCACAAUGAUGCUAUCCAGUGUGUCGCCUACAACCCAAUUACUCACCAACUUGCUUCCUGCUCAUCUGGUGACUUUGGCUUGUGGUCCCCUGAACAAAAAUCUGUAAACAAGAAUAAAGUGAGUAGCAGAAUAACAUGUUGUGGGUGGACAAACGAUGGGCAGUUCCUAGCCCUUGGCAUGAUGAAUGGUGUGGUGAGCAUACGGAACAAGAAUGGAGAGGAGUAUGUCAAAAUAGAGCGUCCAGGAGGUUCUUUAUGCCCAAUCUGGUCCAUAGCCUGGAAUCCUUCCAAGAAUGAGCACAGUGACAUGUUGGCUGUGGCAGACUGGGGUCAAAAGCUCUCCUUUUACGAGCUCAGUGGGAAGCAGAUUGGAAAAGACAGAACUCUAAUUUAUGACCCGUGUUGCAUCAGCUACUUCUCCAAGGGCGAGUACAUUGUGAUGGGUGGCUCUGAUAAACAGGUGUCCCUCUAUACCAAAGAUGGUGUGCGGUUAGGAACUAUUGGAGAACAUAAAGCAUGGGUGUGGACAUGCCGAGUUAAGCCUGACUCCAACUAUGUGGUGUGCGGCUGCCAGGAUGGGACCAUCUUCUGCUACCAACUUAACUUCACUACAGUUCAUGGCCUCUACAAAGACUCCUACGCCUAUAGAGACAGCAUGACCGAUGUCAUCGUGCAGCACCUCAUCACUGAGAAAAAACUGAGGAUCAAGUGCCGUGAACUGGUAAAGAAGAUUGCCAUCUAUAGAAACUGCCUCGCCAUUCAGCUGCCUGAGAAGAUCAACAUCUGUGAACUCAGUUCAGAUGACCCCAUUAUGCACUACCGCAUUAACAAAAAAAUUUGCAAGAAGUUUGAAUGUAACCUUCUGGUGGUCUGCUCCCAGCACAUCAUUCUCUGUCAGGAGAAGAGGCUCCAGUGCCUUUCCUUUGCUGGUGACAAGGAAAAAGAAUGGGUGAUGGAAUCUAUGAUUCGUUACAUCAAAGUGAUUGGUGGUCCGCCAGGCAAAGAGGGUCUACUUGUGGGGUUAAAAAACGGAGCUAUCCUGAAGAUAUUUGUCGACAACCCCUUUCCAAUAACGCUGCUGAAGCUGUCAACGUCUGUGCGUUGCCUGGACAUGAGCGCGUCCCGCAAUAAACUGGCUGUGGUGGAUGAGCAUAACACUCUCCUCGUCUAUGACAUCAACAGCAAAGAACUACUCUUUCAAGAACCUAAUGCUAACAGCGUGGCCUGGAACACCCAGUGUGAGGACAUGCUGUGCUUCUCUGGGAACGGCUACCUUAAUAUCAAGGCUAGCAACUUUCCUGUGCACCAGCAGAAAAUGCAGGGCUAUGUGGUCGGCUACAACGGCUCCAAAAUAUUCUGCCUCCACAUCUAUUCCAUGUCUGCUGUUGAGGUGCCUCAGUCAGCACCCAUGUUCCAGUACCUGGAGAAGAAGAUGUUUAAGGAAGCUUAUCAGAUCGCCUGUCUGGGUGUGACAGACAGUGAUUGGAGGGAUUUGGCCACAGAAGCUCUGGAGGGACUUGACUUUGAAACCGCCAAGAAGGCCUUUAUUAGAAUCAGAGACUUGCGCUACCUGGAGCUGAUCAGCAGCAUUGAGGAGAGGAAGAAGCGGGGUGAGAGCGACAACGAGCUGUUCCUGGCAGACGUCUAUGCCUUCCAGGGGAAAUUCCGCGAGGCGGCCAAGCUCUACAAACGUACCGGCCAUGAAUCCAAAGCCCUGAGCAUGUACACCGACCUGCGAAUGUUUGAGCAUGCCAAGGAGUUUGUUGGUGCCACAGACCCAAAGAGCUCUCGGAUGCUGAUAACGAAGCAGGCAGAUUGGGCUAAAAGCAGCAAGGAGCCACGGGCAGCAGCUGAAAUGUACCUGUCAGCAGGAGAACACCUGAAAGCCAUUGAUAUUAUUGGAGAGCACAGCUGGGCAGACAUGUUGAUCGACAUCGCCCGUAAGCUGGACAAGGCUGAGCGGGAACUGCUGGCAAAGUGUGCGCUGCACUUUAAGAGGCUGAAACACCACGGCUAUGCCUCAGAGACUUAUUCCAAGAUGGGAGACUUGAAGGCUUUAGUGCAGCUGCACGUGGAAACAAGAAACUGGGAAGAGGCCUUCUCGCUGGUGGAGAAGCAUUCGCAGUUCAAAUAUGACGUCUUUUUGCCUUACGCCCAGUGGUUGGCUGAAAACGACCGCUUUGAGGAGGCGCAAAAAGCAUUUCACAAGGCCGGGCGUCAGAAUGAAGCUGUGAAAGUCCUGGAGCAGCUUACCCACAAUGCAGUGGUGGAGAACAGGUUCAAUGAUGCAGGCUACUAUUACUGGAUGCUGUCUAUGCAGUGUUUGGACAUCGGCAGAGAAUGCGAAGAACAGAGGAAAGAAAUGCUGGAGAAGUUUGAGCGUUUUCAGCAUCUUGCUGAGCUUUAUUACGUCUAUCGCUCCAUUCAGCGUUACACGGAUGAACCAUUCAGUUCCCACAUGCCAGAGACGCUCUUCAACAUAUGCAGGUUCCUACUGAACAACCUCACCAAGGAUGUACCACCAGGAAUUUCAAAAGUCAACACCUUGUUUGCACUGGCCAAGCAGAGUCGCAAGUUGGGAGCGUAUAAGUUGGCCCGGUAUGCCUACGAGAAGCUCCAGGAGCUGCACAUUCCCUCACGCUUCCUGGAGUCCAUAGAGCUGGGCAGCCUCACCAUUCGCUCCAAGCCCUUCCAUGACAGUGAGGACCUUAUUGAGGACAUGAUGUGCUACCGGUGCUCCACAAACAACCCUCUUCUGAACAACCAGGGCAGCGUGUGCAUCAACUGCAGGCAGUCUUUCAUCUACUCAGCGUCAUCAUAUGAGGUGCUGCCUCUGGUGCAGUUCUACCUGGAGGAGGGUAUCAGUGAUGAAGAAGCUCUGUCCCUCAUCGACCUGGAAGUUCCUCACACAGAUGAGGGUAAUGCACGAGGCCACAAUAUGGUCGGUAAUGACAUGCAGGCUUUGAGGAUAGAUGGCGGUUUGGAUUAUACAGAAGAAGAUCCAUUUACAGCCAAAAUGAGCUUUGAGCAAGGGGGCUCCACCUUUGUCCCCGUCAAGGUGAGUUGUUCGGUGCUGCGUUCCAUGAGCAGAAGGGACGUGCUGAUCAAACGCUGGCCCAAGCCCCUUAAAUGGGAAUACUUCCGCUCCCUGCUGCCGGAUGUGAGCAUCACCAUGUGCCCCAGUUGCUUCAAGAUGUUUCACAGUGAAGACUAUGAGCUCCUGGUGCUACAGCACAGCUGCUGUCCUUACUGCCGCCGGCCUAUUGACGAACCAAACUGAUCAACCCUACACCAGAGCAGCACAGCAUUUAUUAAACAUUUCACUUGCUGCAGUAAUUCUUCUUAUAACACAUACCUUGUUAGUUGAUGCUAAGAUCUAAUACCAUCAUAAUGGCCGGCAUUUUAAAACAGUAAUUCAACAGUUGGGGACUUAAAAUGCCCUUAACACCUGCAGGCUCUAUAUGCUAGGUCUUACAUUUUAUGUAUUUGUCUUAAAUUUGUUCAUACAUUUGCUUCUUUCAUCUAUCCUUUUCUUCCUAAAUUGUAGUUUUGACUAGUAUUAGGUUGCUGUAGCAAAACUACAAGGCUCAUGAUGCAAAGCAGCUAACUGUCCUGCCAGAAGUGAUUCAUGGUAGGACAUUCAGCCGACUGUAAACUUGCAAGAGUCCUGCUCCUAAAACCGGCUUAUUGUUUGUUCACAACCUAAUUGUUACCAUAUCCAGCAGCAAUUCCUGUGUCCUUGGGGAGUCUCUAUUUAAUUCCAGUAGUUGACUAAAAUGGGUCAUCAAUUACUGUCAUGAAGCAUUUUGCCUACUGUGAUGUAAGGCAGUGAGGUUAGGUAACCUAAGUGUAAAAGCAAAGGAUUCAAAUGUCGAACCAAGAAAACACAAGUGGAGAACGUUAGCAUAAGUUUUUAACUUAGUUAAACUUAGUAAAUUAUUUUUGUAAUCAAUAGGGGUCUUUAAAUUAAACAAGAAAUAUCUUCAGAGGGUCUUUAAAAAGUCUUAAAUAUAACUGAUGAACUUGCUAAAAUUCUGGGUGAAAAUUUCCAAGUCUCAAGCUUAAAAAAACCCCCACAAAGAUUCCCUGAAGAUGGGGUUUUCCCAACAGCAAUCUUAAAAUCUAAUAUGGCCGCCUUUUAUAUAAACCCUGAUGAGGUGUGACAGUUUAAAAAAACAAAUAAUUUUCGCAACAACUAAUUCAUUUUCUAAAUUUUUCACAAACACACAGUACCUCCUUCAAUGAACACGUUUCUACAGUGUUUGAAGGUACAAAAUGCAGCGAGAAACAUUGGUAUUAGCUUGUCUUGCUUAUAGUAAUAGUAACUAGCUUGUUGACUAAGUGCAUAAACGCCGAUAUAUAUAAACUUGGAGCUAGAACACGGUUGAGUCUGAUGUUAUUCCCAGAUCCAACGUAAGUGUUCAGGGGUCAAUGAAACCCAACAUUAGUAGCCACAAGCACCUGUUCUGAUUCAAUUUGUAGGUAAAUCAGAAGAUGAUGUCAUCUUUGUGGUGUACCUGUAGUUUUCUGUGAGGAUAUUACUGAACUGUGUAAAGUUGUUCAGACUUUCAGAAGCUGAAGAAAUACCUGUUAUGUUUGAGGAUAAUCUGGUGUGAAAACAUAAAAACUUUGUAAAUAGUGUAAAAUAUAUUAAAAAACAAAUACAUUUGGAAAAAAUAUCACUAUUUUGAUGUUUGAUGUUUUUAUGGAUGUUAUUACACAAAGAUUGUUGCAUUUUCUAAGCUGGUGUAUAGUUUGGAUCAUGUAUAAUAAAAUAUGCAGCCUUUCA